AAAGUUUAAAUUAGUUAAAAAAAGAAAGUGAAAGUAACAUAAAAACAACAAAAAAAAAGUCCAAUGGACCUCAAGAGAAAUUGAUCAAUACAAUUAAGAAAACAUAUAUAAAUUUUAGGAUUAUUUUUCUAUGCUUAGUCAUCACACACAAAAAAGUAUUUUAUAGUGUUUUAAGCAAAGGAAAUAGCAGUGAUUCAAGAGCAAAUCUUAAUUGAGAUUUAUCAUGUUAAAAUAUAAAUCUUUUUUGACAAAUGGCUAACAAACCCUGUGCGCAAAGUGAAUAAAAAAUAAGAGACGAGGGAAAGAUUUUUAAUCAGAAAUUACCUCUUCUGUGAAUAAGAAUCUAAAAUUUAACAUUAUAUUGAGUAUUUAGCAAAAUAAAAUCUUCAGCAAAAUAGGAAACAUGGGUAACAAGUGCUGUUCAAAGAGACAGCCAGACGAAUUUGCUACAGGAUACAAGAAAAAUGAUACAAACUUUUCUUCGAACAUAAAUCCUAAACAUAAUCUAAAUAACUCUUUGGAUUCACGUUACACACCCGAUCCGAAUCGAAGCGGAGUUAUAAAGACUAAAAGUGGAAUUGAUAUCAUCAGAAGUGGGCCGCGUAGUGUUGCACUCCCAUCAAACCAUCGUCGGAUUGUAGUUGCUCUCUAUAAUUAUAAUGCAAGAGAAGAUACCGACGUUUCCUUCGUGAAAGGAGAUCGAAUGGAGGUUCUGGAUGAUACCGAAACUGAUUGGUGGAGAGUUAUUCAUUUAACAACCCGACAAGAAGGUCUCAUUCCUUGGAAUUUUGUAGCUGAAGAAAGAAGUGUAAACAGUGAAGAUUGGUUCUUUGAAAAUGUAUCGAGAAAAGAAGCAGACAAGCUUUUGCUAGCCGAGGAAAAUCCCAGAGGAACUUUCCUGAUCCGGCCAAGCGAACACAAUCCUAAUGGAUUUUCUCUAAGUGUCAAAGAUUGGGAAGAGACUAGAGGAUAUCACGUUAAACAUUAUAAAAUAAAACCUCUUGAUAAUGGAGGAUAUUUUAUUGCUACUAAUCAAACUUUCGCGAAUUUACCCUCCUUGGUCAUGGCAUAUUCAAAAAAUGCCUUGGGAUUAUGUCACGUUCUUUCACGUCCCUGUCCAAAGCCUCAACCCCAAAUGUGGGAUCUUGGACCAGAACUGAGAGACAAGUGGGAAAUUAAUCGAAACGAAAUUCAACUUAUUCGAAAACUUGGUCGUGGUAACUUUGGAGAAGUUUAUUAUGGCAAAUGGAGAAAUAACAUCGAUGUAGCAGUAAAAACAUUGCGUGAAGGAACAAUGUCAACGCAAGCAUUUUUACAAGAAGCUGCAAUAAUGAAGAAGUUCCGUCAUAAUCGUUUGGUCGCUUUAUACGCUGUUUGUUCAAAAGAAGAACCAAUUUAUAUUGUUCAAGAGUAUAUGGCGAAAGGAAGUCUUCUCGAUUUCCUGCGUGAAGGUGAAGGGCGUCUUCUCCAAUUUGAAGAUUUGAUUUACAUAGCAUCACAAAUAGCAUCAGGAAUGGAAUAUUUGGAAACAAAACAACUCAUACACAGAGAUUUAGCAGCUCGUAAUGUCUUGAUAGGAGAAAACAACAUUGCAAAAAUAUGCGAUUUUGGAUUAGCUCGGGUCAUAGCUGAUGAUGAAUAUUGUCCCAAACAAGGCUCCAGAUUUCCUGUUAAAUGGACUGCCCCAGAAGCCAUUGUGUAUGGCAAAUUUUCUAUUAAAUCUGAUGUUUGGUCGUAUGGUAUAUUGUUGAUGGAACUUUUUACCUAUGGCCAAGUUCCAUAUCCAGGGAUGCACAGUCGAGAAGUGAUAGAACAAAUAGAACGCGGUUAUAGAAUGCCGAAGCCCACAAAUCAUCAUCUACCUGACAGCAUAUAUCAUCUUAUGCUUAAUUGUUGGGAUGCAAAUCCUGAAAAAAGACCAACAUUCGAGUUCUUGAAUCACUACUUCGAAAGUUUUAGUAUAACUUCUGAGGUUCCCUACAAGGAUAUAAAUUAAUUUUAAACACUUUUACAAAGCCAAAAAAGACUUAAAACUGCAAUGACAGACACACUGCGAAAUGUCAUCUUAUUCAUUAGUAAUAGCAUAAAGUUGGAAGCUUUUUUGUUUUAUGUUUUUUUUUUUCGUGGCUUUUGAUUUCCUUCGUGACAAUUUAGUUCCAUUUAAGAUUUGAUUUUAAAGAAAUGUCUACUGCACAAAAUUUGAUCUCAUCAUUUAAGUUACACAAAGGAACACCUGAGAGAUAAAUAGUAGGCUUAUUUGAGAAGUAACUAUAACAAACAACUUUCAAGAGAUCUUCAAAUUUAUUUUGGAACAAAAAAAAAGAUUACAUUCUGAUAGUUCACUAAUGUUUAAGAUUUUACUAUCAUGAUUUAAACGUGACAAUGAAAUAUUUAACCAGAAUUUUAUACAAUCUAACAUUAAGCCGUAUCAUUUAGGAUAAAUUUCUUAAGAACAAUUAAUUCCAUGAAAAUUUUACACCUUAUUAACAACAAUAUGAACAUUAACAACAAAAUAGGAAGAACCUGCAACGAUCAUAACAAAUCAAUAGUUGUUCAAAAUUGACUAACUGAAAUGAGAUUAGAGGCUAAAAUGUCUUAAAAAUUGAAAUAUUUCUUUAAUUCAAAAAGAAAUAUUCGUUAUGAUCAUAGUCUAGUCAAAUUUCAAAUCCUAUUUACCUACAGCCAACUUUUCAACUACGAAAUUCUUACUAAUAUGCUUUAGUACGAUUUAUUUAUUCCAAACCGAAGAACCUUAGUUUCAUUAUACUGUGAACAUGACAUGUGCUUCUGUAGAUCUACAUACCUAAUAAUUUUCAAGAUCAAGCUGAAAAUAACUUGUGUAAUGUUUUCAAACAAAUUUAAAAUGCAUUUUUAACAAUUCCUAUCUCUAAAAAUAGUUUUAGGCCACGAAUCUUUAAGGUAAUCAAUUUAUUAGAAAAGUAAGCGUUAAGAAUAAAUUUAAACCUUGAUGAGAAGAAAUAAUUCAUGCAUUUAGAGGACUAGAAAAGAAGUUUGUAUAAUUUAUAAUUAAUAAUUGGGUGUUUUCUGUUAUUAAGAGUAAUAUGUAUAAUCACGUGGACUCCAAAAUUGUAUUAAUUUUAUGAAGAAAAAACUAACAAGAAAAAAAUAGUAUCGCAAUUCUUAUAUUUCAUUAUUUCUAAACAACAAUUUCUAUUUCUAUCAGAACUUAUGCUUACUUAACUCCUAACGUUGCUAUACUAAACCAAGAAAGAAAUUUCAUUACUAGUUUAUAGAAGUAAGAAAUACCAAAGCAAGUCCAUUUAUUGAUUUUGAUACAAUGGAAUUUUACCAUGAAAGUUAUGUUGGUAGUAAUUUUAUAUUACAAGAAAAUGUAUUAAUCUGGAAAAUAUAUUGCAUUUCAAUACGUA